AUGGCCACGGCCCUCACGCCCUUGGGCCUUCCCGCCCUGGAAAUGCCCUCCCCCACCGCGUCCGAGACGUCCUCGACUCAUUCUAAUACCUCCGCCCACCACGCCAACCACAACAACCAACACCAAACUCUCUCCACCCAAACCAACCAAGGAGUCGCCAACCCCAACGCCCCAGCUCGCCCGCGCCGAGCCCACCACGCUCCAUCCCGUCCCAAUCUGCGCGUGGCGUUCAAGAGCUUCACCAGCACCGCGACCGUCCUCGUCGGCGAGGAAGGCAGUAAAGCCAAACCGUUAUCGCAGUACCUCGUUCACAAGGAAUUACUAGCCGGCGCAUCUCCCUUCUUCGCCGCCGCUCUCAACGGGACGUUCGCAGAAGGGUUGGAACAAGUUGUUCGUCUACCUGAAGAGAAGCCGGAGACGUGGGAGUGGUUUUUGCAGUGGUUGUAUACCGGGACCCUCACUACGCAGCCCACUGCGAGUGAAAUCGUCUCUGCCUCGCAGCAUCGGGCUCGAGGAGCUGGGCCUGGGCACGCGGCGGGACAACGGCAAGGGCAAGCGCCGUGCUAUGAUUUGCAUCUCGAUGGGGAUUUGCGGAAUCAGCAGGGGUCUCCGAAGUAUUUCCUGCUGUUGGAUUUGUACGCGUUGUCUGAUAGGAUGUUGACGACGCCGCUGAGCAAUCAUGUGCUGAGUACGAUUGCGCGGUUGAGCGAGCAGACGAAUUCGGUGCCUACGCCGAGCGAUACGUGGAUUCUGUAUGAUGGGAUUAGGGAGAGUGCGCCGUUGAGGAAGUUGGUGUUGGAUUUGUUUGCGUAUAAGAAGACGGAUAAGUUGUUGGAGACGCAUAAGGAUGAGUGGCAUCCGAGGUUUUUGAGGGAGUUGGUUGUGAAGUUGAAGAGGCCGGGUCCGGAGAUGUUGGAGAGGCAUUCUCUUGUUGCUUGGAGGCCGAGGAGCUGGAGUAAUUCGAAGGCUUGUGAGGGGUGCAAGGAGAUCUUGAGGCCAAAUAUCAGCGGGGAUCGAUGCUGUGCUUGUGAGAAGGCCUUUUGCUCCGAGUGUCUUCGACGCCAUGCUGGUGAAGGGUGGACUCUUCCCAACGACGUCAGCGGCUGCAAGCCGUGGGUAGGAAGGGGAAUGUGCUUGAGAUAUCACGAACACGGCGAGGGUGAGGCCUGCGGCUGA